AAUUGUCCCGGUAUAGAAGCGUCACGCGGUACGGACUAUACCCCCUGCACAAAUCCAUCCAAGAAAAGGCGGCUGCAACAAGCAGCACCGCGCUCAGCAAAAUCUGCAAAAGAUCCAUCUAUUUGAGGAGGUGCGCGAGGGGAACGUGAAGCCGGCGGGUGGGGGCAAGAUUCGCCAUGGCGCGGGGAAAGAAAGAGUCGCUGGCGAUGGAGGGCUCCGGCGAUCCGCCACCGGCUGAGGCUUUUGAGGCAGAGGAGGAAGAGGAGCAGAGUGAGGAGGAAGAAGAGGAGGGGGAAGGGGAUGAAGAGGGGGAGCAGGGGGAAGGUGGGGAGACGGAGCCGGAAGGCAAGGAGGAGGCGUCGGGAAAGACGGCGGCGCAGGUGGCGGUGGGGGGGUCGCCGCCGAAGCUGGCCGAGGGGUUCUUUGAGAUCGAGGCCAUCCGCCGCCGCCGCCGCCGCAAGGGCCAGCUCCAGUACCUCGUCAAAUGGCGUGGGUGGCCGGAGAGUGCUAACACAUGGGAGCCCUUCGAAAACCUGAAGGCCUGCAAAGACUUUGUUGAUGCUUUCGAGAAGCGGUCACGGUCACCAAGGUCCUCUCGGAAACGGAAGCGUAAGACCACAACUACUCCAACAACCGAUCAUAACCCUUCUCGUGGUAAACGAGGUCGUCCACCUCGGUCAGAGUCCCGGUCCCUGCCUCGCACUCCUGCCCCAGAACCCAAGAUAUUUCCCAGCAGGACAAGUACUAGGAGAGCCAGUAAUAAUAGUAACAAGUCCUCAUUUGUGGGGCUUGAAGGGUCAAUGAAUGUUCUUGGGCAAAGAGUACUACAGGAGGGUAGUUAUGGUGUGGUCUCGGAUGGGCUUCCAUCUCAAUGGGCUCCUCUAUCUGUUAGCUUGACUGACGAUCACCCCGUGAAUGAUUUAUCAAAGGUGAACAAUUCAGUACGGGCACCUCCAUCUCAGGGUGGCCAGGUGACUGGUGCCAAGAAGCGCAAAUCUGGAUGUGUGAGGAGGUUUAAGCAGGAUGAAGCAACACAAGAGCAAGGAGAUCUUCGUGAUCGCACAAGUGAGAAGCCAGGCAACGAGUAUGUUGACUCCACAGAAGGAGAAACUGGUGAUAAGAACAAGGGGGAGGAUUGUGCUAGCCAAAUUCAUAUUACUAAGAUCAUCAAGCCAGUGCGCUAUUUUGCCACCAUUUUGGAUGGUGUGCAGCAAGUUUCAAUAACGUUCAAGGCACUCAGGUCCGAUGGAGAGGAGGUAUUUGUGGAUGACAAGGAGUUGAAAGCUAAUAACCCCUUGGUGCUUAUAGAUUACUAUGAGCAGCAUCUUCGUUAUAACCCCACCUUGUGAGAACAAUGCAUUGAAGCUACUGGGUUUCAGUUGCCUGUGCUGCUCCUAUGUCUGGAACGAAUGGACAUGUAUUUAAUGUAGCAUUUUUGUGCUAGAUAUAUUUGUAGCUCUAUUAAGUAGAUGGUUAGUCUGGUACUCAGGUUAUAUAGUGGUUGUGUUGAGUGCGAGUAAAAGAUAACAGUAUGUUAUGUGAAACUAGCUGCACGUUAUUGUUUGUAUUAUAUGCUAAGUUAGUUGCUUCAUUGUA